GAUCAGUCGCGUUGUCAGCCCGAAAGCCGAAAGUCGCAAUGAAAUCGAUCGUGGUGUGCUCUUUAAUAGGAUUGGUGCUCCUGGUGGCCGCCGGCCAGGUUCGCGGCGAGUGCGACGAGGCCCAGCGGCCCGAGGACAGCGACUUCAAGCAUUUCUUCAAGAACCUCGGCUGCAAGGUCAACCAGGGGGCCAAGGAGGUGGCCGAGGCCGCCAAGCCCUACACCGACAAGAUCGGCGAGGGCGCCAAGGAGUUCGGCAGCUCGGUGGCCCAAAAGUACGACGAGCUGAAGCACAAGCUCACCGACGAGGCCUCCACCACCCCGAAGGUCCCGGUGGCCUACGACGCCCCCACCGAGAAGGUCCUGUUGGCGCCCAUCGGAGGACCCAGCUCGCCGGCCCCCUAAAGGCUUUACCACCCAAUUGGAGGCCCCCCUUCUCUUCGUUAUAUAAAAUCUAUUUCUUUGUUUUUUUUGCCUUUUUUUCUUGUGAUCUAUAAAAAAUAAAAGCUAAAUCAAGUGAUGUUGGAAUCGUGA